UCCAUCCGCUUGGUGUCACCCCGGCUUCCGCACUGUCGCGGCCUCUUCGAGUCGCUUCGCUUCGUGCCCUUCUACCGUGCUGCGCUGCGGGAACGUCCCAUGGUCUACAUUGACGGGAGGAGGGGAACAGCAGCCUCGCCAGGCGCCAGGCGCCAGGCGCCAUGCCUCACCACGCCGCAGGGUGGCCGUCUGGCCGAGAUGCGGCCGCCCCAUGCUCUGUUCCGAUGGCCUCCUCUACUCGAUGGUCGCCGUUGGUUGAGGUUGUACGGUUUCUUCGAUCGCUGUGUCGUUCGACUCGUCAAGAAUGAAGUGGCGAGCAUAAAAGAAAUGCAGAGCCAGUUUCCCUCGGAUGCAGUGUAUUAUUACACUGACUCUGAGGAUAGACAACAGUCUACUGAGGCUACUCCACCAAUGGUGAAAAUCCCCUACAGAAUGAUGCUGGAUGUCCUUUUAGAAUCUUUGGGCCUGCCAGAGGCUGAGUAUCGAACCAAAGAAUGCGUAUGCGAGGGUGGUUCGAAGUUACGAAGAACCCCAUUUUCGUUCAGAUAUGCACGCCUUUUUGUCAUCCGGAGUCUUUGCAUUUAGGUUUAUAUUAUUGAUUCAGGUUUAGUUGUUUAGAUCAAAACUGUAAUCUUGCAUGUAGAUUGGGCAGAUUAUUUCUCACUUCGAGGACUCUGUUUUGUUCAUCGGAAAGUUUUUUCCAGUGCCCCGAGAACUUUGCUCUGAUGUUCGUCCCAAAAUGAAUUGAAAUUACUACGAUUCAUGCAAGUUACUUGGCAAAGAAAAUUGUUCUCUGCAUAAUGGAUACAUGUACUAUUUGGAUAGUGGAUACAUGUACUGAUUGUAGAUUCUUUUACUUAUCUGAGGCAAGUAUUCUAUUUUA